AUGCCGUCGCCCUCGAUGAGCGUUACGAGAUACUUGCCGUCGCUGCCCUUCUUUCCGUGGAACUUGGCCACCUCGGAGGCGUAUCUGGAGGUCGAGGGCGAAGGGUGGGCUGGCGGUUGGUUGUGCAGGCGCAGCCGUCAAGCUCCAUCCGCAAAAACGCAACCGCGGGUCUUUUCUGCCAAGCCUCCACCUUGCGCCUCCGUCAUCCAUGGCAUCGACAAACACAUUCAAGGCCGCCAGCCCAGCGUCUGCCAUGUCCAAUUCCCCACACAUCGAACGGUAGCCAUUUGCGAUGCGAAUGCAUGUCUACAAGAACAUUUUCCUUUGGUCACUUGUGUCAGAACUGCCAUUGCUGCACCGAAGCGUUGUGCUACCUACAGUGAAGGUCUUACCGGUACCGUACCGAACACUUUUCAUGUCCAAGACCCAUUGUCACAACAGCUCCUCUCCAAUCAAAUCCCAGAACCUCCCUAUCGCAUUUUGUACCUCGAAGUAUCCAUAGCUAUGUUUCGUGACUCUCUUCGGCCCGUUGCGAGGAUGGCGGACCGUAGGGCCGAUGGAGUGUGUGGGGUUUCGUUCGCGCUGUGGCUGAGGUACGUUCAAGGAGACCGCUGGAGCCAAAACGUGGUAAGCCUUGUAGUCAUGGGGUUAUGCUCGAACCCAGGUUUCGACUUUGUAGCACGAGGGAUUCACCCGCUAGCUUCGGUCGCAUUCGUUGAUAAGACAGAUAAGCAUGCCCAGACGUUGCUGAUCACUGAACUCUGUGUGAACGUCGUUUGCGGCUUUUGUCUCUUCUUCCUUUUGAAACAUCCAGCCCCUUUAUCCAAUUUGCCUUUUAUCGUGUGCGAAGACCGACUUGGACGGGAAAAGGGGACAUCAGUAGAGUAUCAGAAGGUUUUCGGAAAUGAGCCAAGGUUGAAUGGAGACAACUUGCUGAGGAUCUUCCAAGAAGCUAGCGCGCCCGGAUCGAACGGCGAGUGUGGAGCCGCAACUGCAGGCGACGGGCUCCUGACGCCACCGUCUCUGCAUCGCGGCCAAAAACCAAGGAGAGUAUGGAUGACUGCAUGUGCUGUUUUGGGCGAUACCAUGUUUGCCUCUGCUGGGCCGGUACUUACAACAACGGUAGAGUGCCUGCCCAGUGCCCCAGUGCCCGCCAGCCAGCGAUUGAUGGGAUUUCCGGGCCGUCCUGGGUCUCUUCAAAGCGUGCGCGCAAGAAGCAAUGACAUCAUUCUGUUGCAUCGUUUGAUUUCCGUUGAUCUCCACACAUGCACUCCCAUCGAGCUCAGACACGGCAACGGCGCCAACCUGACGCGGCUGUGGCUCGGUUUGCCUAGGCCGGAUGCAGAUCAACCUUGUGCAGUUGUUCAUGUGGCACUGCGUCUGAGGAGCCAGCGAAGCAGCCUUGUUCGGUCCUGUCAACAAAGAAAAUCCAUGGCUGCAUCAAGAGCUGAGCCUCUGUGUGUACGCCCUUUGCCUCCAGGCCGAGACGGGAAGCUGGUUAGAGUGGCGUAG